GAAUUCACUUUUUAUAUUUGGGAAGCGCAAAAGAAUUGAGGAUCCAGUCUCCUUUAACUUUCCCAAUUCCUUUCACUAUUUCAGCAUCAACCUUAUUUUGAUACCCUUCUCCGAAUCUACAGCCCUCGUUUCACUAUACACUGAACUGACUCCCCUCAAAUUCCUUCGUUUUGCACGUUCGGACACCCAUCAAUGGCGAUCAUAACAGAGGAACAAGAUUCAUCAAACUCUUCUGCAAAAAGACCGACCAAAAAACCCAGGCUGAAACCACCUUCUACUGCACCCAUAUCAUCAAAUCCAAACCCUUUCACUUUCUGGUUCUACUUAACCAUCUCAGUCUCUCUUGUAACAGUUAUUUUCGUCACAAUUUCCUCUCUUUCCACGCAUCAAGACCCGAAAACAUGGUUCCUUGCACUACCCGCAAAUCUCAGGCACCAUUACUCUAAUGGCAGAAUUAUAAAAGUCCAAGCGACUCCUCACAGUGAUUCAAUUGAAGUCUUCACUGUCCGAGAUGGCCCAAAAGAUUCGUCACAUAAUGUGCUAAUUGUACAUGGGUUAGGUUGUAGUUCAUACAUUUUCAGUAACGUUGUAAAGUCCCUAGGCAAAAAGGGAGUCCAUGCUGUAGCCCUAGAUCUCCCUGGUUCUGGGUUUUCCGAUAAGUUCGUAACGGUGGUAGAACAUAAGCCGAUGGGGGGUUUCGGGAGGCUCGUUGAGAUGUACAAUGAGAUCAAAGAAAAAGGCGUCUUUUGGGGUUUUGAUCAAUUAGUCGAGCAAGGGUAUGUAAACUACGAUCACGAAGAAAAUGAGAUCCGUAUGUCGAAAGUAGAACAUCUGAAUGCGAUUGAAUUAGGUCCUGAAGAGAUGGGUAGAGUUUUGCGACAAGUAAUCGACACAAUGGGUUUGAAACCAGUUGAUUUAGUUCUUCACGAUUCAGCAUUCGGAUUAGGAGCAAAUUGGGUGGCUAAAAAUCUAGGGUUUGUAAGCAGUGUAACCCUUCUUGAUAGCACAUCAAAUCAAACUGCUUUUCCUCUAUGGGUUUUGAAAUGGCCAGUUGUUAGAGAGGUUGUUUUGGGUUUUGGUUUCGUUUUUCAGAAGGUUAUUCAAACCUGUUGUUUGAAAUCAGGUGGUGGGUCUGAUUCAGAUAGCCAUAGACUUCUUUUGAAGGGUAGAAAUGGAAGGAAAUCGGUUGUUGGAAUGGGGAAGAAGAUGAAUUCUAGUUUUGAAAUUGCAGAAUGGGGUGAACUUGAAGGUGUGAAAGAUUUACCAAUGCAAGUGCUUUGGUCGGAAGAGUGGGUGGAACAGGGGCGGCAAGUCGCCGGAGUUCUUUCUCAGGCGACUUUUAUCACACAUUCUGGUGGUCGCUGGCCACAGGAAGAUACUUCUGAACAACUGGCUGAAAGUAUUCAUGAAUUUGUAUCCAAAAUACCAAAGCCCAUCAAAGUCGCUGAGAAAAAAGAGCCAAUUCCAGAACAUAUUCAAGAAAUACUUGAUGAAGCAAUAUCCAAUGUUCACCAUGGGUUCAGUAGCCAUGACCAUGGUCAUGAUCAUGAUCAUGGUCAUGGUCAUGAUCAUGGAUAUCCAAGUGGUUAUGGGCUUGGUCAUGAAUACAGUUAAGAUUUUGAAUAGUUUGUCAUUGGUAUGAGUGUUUAUUUGGUUUUGUUUAUUGUUGUAUAAGAAUUGAUAGCAUUUAGUUAUAAGUGUAGUGUGUAUGGAUUUGAAAUCUUGUAAGAAUGUUGUGGCCAUUUUUUUUGUUGGCACUUUGAAUGAUGAUAGGGUAAUUGACCUGAA